AUGGUUGGACUUGAAGGAAGACGUCUGACUGACCAUCAGGCUGGUUGUUCUCUCCCUCUACAGUCAUCAAUAAUCGGAGGAAAUCAUUUAUGCAAGAUGCUCAAUCACUUGCAUACGAGAAAACGUACGCCUCUUGAUGUCCUGACAAAUACUACUCGAAACACCAUCUCUCUUGCUGCCACAAUGGAAAUAGAACUCGACUUCGUACUGGAAGAUCUCCGUCACGCGGAGCAACAGGCAACAAAGGCAGAGCUGGACGUCAAACAUGCGGAGCAAGUUGAGGAGGCCAGACAGGAAGUCAGACAAGCAAAGCAGCGGGCUGCACAGGCAAAGCUUGGAGUCAAGCGGGCAAAAUCGAGACACCAACAGCUAGUGCUAGAAACCAAGCAAUUAAAGCUCAAGACCAAGCAACUACAGCUGUUAAUCAAACAGGCACGACAGCAAGUUGAAUCAAGCAGCCUCUUUGCUUUUCUCGAAGAGUGUCAUAAGCUUUCUCUUGCUAUCAGUUUCCAAACGAACAUGUCAAAAACAUAUCAUGGUUCAAUCGAUCCUUUCGGUAGAUUACGUCCCAAGCGCAUAAUACCCUGGGGAGCUUUUCCCGCUUUCCAGCAGGCCAUUUGGAAGGCUAUCGAUGAUGAAGAUCCAGAAUUCUCCACACAUCGCGCUUUCGCGUCCAAGAAUCAAUUUGAGUUCAUUGGAAAUGGUGCUACCCGACCUAUAGCAUCCGAAUCUCAUCUUCAAUCCUUCCAACGUGAGACCGUGGAUAAUCAUGUACAAUCCAUUCUUGUUGAGAUGAACAACAACGAGAGACUGCGUCAGCGUUUCAACAUUCACGGAUAUGUUAGGUCUGAACAUGAGGACAACAAUAAUAAUGCGUUUUACAUCCAUGUAGAGUCGGAUGAGCAAGAAGUCCCUCUGUAUGCUGUUGAGUACCAAACCCCGCACGUGCUAUCAAUGUCUGAGAUUAUUGCUGGCCUUCAUGUGAUGAAUCUGGAUGAUGACUUCAUUGACAAUAAUGGUGGUAGCUUCGACAAGCAUGCAACCUGGGUUGUGGCAGCAGUAAUCACGCAGUUAUUCUCCAAUAUGGUCAAUAUUGGAGUUCAAUAUGGCUAUAUCUACACCGGGGAGGCCUUCAUCUGUCUUCAUAUCACAGAAGACCCGUCAGUGGUGCAAUACUAUCUGCUUAUCCCCAAUUUAGACGUCACUGAUGGAGAUGAGUUUCGGCUCCAACGCACAGCAGUUGCUCAUGUUCUCGCCUUGACCCUGAACACCAUGCAAGCUAGUCCACCACCUCAGUCAUGGUACGAUGCAGCUGAGCAACUGGACGAAUGGGAAAUUGACUACCCUGAUCCCUUAGGACACAUACCGGAAUCGGUCCGCAUAAAACUACCGUCAGAAUACAACCCACCAUCUUGGAAAUCCAUUGAGGAACUCCCUUCUUUUCCAUUAUGA